GCCCGGCUGGCUGACAGAGAGGAGGUUUACCUGAACGCUGCAAGAAGAGGGUUGUGGUUCAGGAGUUUGGGUGACGGCUGGAGGAGAGACUCGGGGUCAAAGUGGGCGUCAGGAGGGAGCUGGGCGGCGGGAUGAUGGAGGAGGAGGAACUGGAGUUCGUGGAGGAGCUGGAAGCCGUGCUGCAGCUCACGCCUGACGUGCAGCUCGCCAUAGAGCAGGUAUUUCCAAGCCAGGAUCCUCUAGAUCGCGCAGAUUUCAAUGCAGUGGAGUAUAUCAAUACCUUAUUCCCAACAGAACAAUCUCUGGCAAACAUAGAUGAAGUCGUGAACAAAAUUAGACUGAAAAUAAGGAGACUGGAUGACAAUAUUCGAACUGUUGUAAGAGGUCAAACAAACGUGGGGCAGGAUGGCAGGCAAGCACUUGAAGAGGCCCAGAAAGCUAUUCAGCAACUCUUUGGCAAAAUCAAAGAUAUCAAAGACAAAGCAGAAAAGUCGGAGCAAAUGGUUAAGGAAAUCACCCGCGAUAUUAAGCAGCUAGAUCAUGCCAAACGCCACCUGACCACCUCAAUCACAACACUGAACCACCUGCACAUGUUAGCAGGUGGUGUGGAUUCGCUCGAAGCCAUGACCAGGCGAAGACAGUAUGGAGAAGUUGCUAACCUUCUUCAAGGUGUGAUGAAUGUUCUGGAGCAUUUCCACAAGUAUAUGGGAAUUCCACAGAUCCGGCAGCUUUCUGAAAGAGUGAAGGCUGCCCAGACUGAAUUAGGACAGCAAAUCCUGGCUGAUUUUGAAGAAGCGUUUCCUUCCCAAGGCACCAAGAGGCCAGGAGGACCCAGCAAUGUGCUACGAGAUGCAUGUCUGGUUGCUAAUAUUUUGGAUCCUAGAAUCAAACAGGAAAUCAUCAAAAAAUUUAUCAAACAGCAUCUGUCAGAAUAUCUAGUACUUUUUCAAGAAAACCAAGAUGUUGCCUGGCUGGACAAAAUCGACAGACGCUAUGCCUGGAUAAAACGCCAACUUGUGGACUAUGAGGAGAAAUAUGGCCGUAUGUUUCCACGUGAGUGGUACAUGACCGAGAGGAUUGCAGUAGAAUUUUGCCAUGUCACAAGGGCAGAACUUGCCAAGAUUAUGCGUACCAGAGCUAAGGAAAUUGAAGUGAAACUGCUUCUUUUUGCUAUUCAGAGAACAACUAACUUUGAGGGAUUUCUUGCAAAACGCUUCUCCGGGUGCACCCUAACAGAUGGAACUCUGAAAAAACUUGAGUGUCCACCCCCAUCCACCAAUCCCUUUCUGGAAGAUGAGCCAGCACCAGAGAUGGAGGAACUGACAAUGGAGAAAGGAGAUUUAGAUCAACCAAAGAAGCCUAAAGCCCCAGACAAUCCAUUUCAUGGCAUUGUCUCCAAGUGUUUCGAGCCUCAUCUCUACGUGUAUAUUGAGUCCCAGGACAAAAACCUUGGAGAGCUGAUUGAUAGGUUUGUGGCCGAUUUCAAAGCCCAGGGGCCACCUAAGCCCAACACUGAAGAAGGAGGUGCUGUGCUCCCCAGCUGUGCUGAUCUCUUUGUCUACUACAAGAAGUGCAUGGUGCAGUGCUCUCAACUCAGUACUGGGGAGCCAAUGAUCGCUCUGACCACCAUUUUCCAGAAGUACCUCCGAGAAUAUGCCUGGAAAAUCCUCUCUGGCAAUCUACCCAAAACCACAAGCAGCAGUGGAGGGCUGACCAUCAGCAGCCUCCUCAAAGAAAAGGAAGGCUCAGAAGUAGCCAAGUUCACUCUAGAGGAGCUCUGCCUCAUCUGUGGCAUCCUAAGCACAGCCGAGUACUGUCUGGCUACCACCCAGCAGCUAGAAGAAAAACUCAAGGAAAAAGUUGAUGUAAGUCUGAUUGAACGAAUCAAUCUGACUGGAGAAAUGGAUACAUUUAGCACUGUCAUCUCGAGCAGCAUCCAGUUAUUGGUUCAAGAUCUGGAUGCUGCCUGCGAUCCUGCCCUUACUGCCAUGAGCAAGAUGCAGUGGCAGAAUGUGGAACACGUUGGUGACCAGAGCCCUUAUGUCACCUCUGUCAUUCUUCACAUUAAGCAGAAUGUCCCUAUCAUCCGUGACAACCUAGCUUCCACACGGAAAUACUUCACUCAAUUCUGCAUUAAGUUUGCAAACUCCUUCAUUCCCAAGUUCAUCACCCACCUCUUCAAGUGCAAGCCAAUUAGCAUGGUGGGAGCAGAACAGCUGCUGCUAGACACUCAUUCCCUAAAGAUGGUCCUGCUCGAUCUACCUUCCAUUGGGUCACAGGUGGUGAGGAAAGCACCUGCCAGUUACACUAAGAUUGUUGUGAAAGGCAUGACCCGGGCAGAAAUGAUACUCAAGGUGGUGAUGGCCCCUCAUGAACCGUUGGUGGUGUUUGUUGACAACUACAUCAAACUCCUUACAGACUGCAACACAGAAACCUUCCAGAAGAUAUUGGACAUGAAGGGGCUGAAGAGAAGCGAGCAGAGCAGCAUGCUGGAACUCUUGCGCCAGAGGCUCCCCACCCCGCCUUCAGGGCCAGAAGGCUCCAGCUCAUUGUCCCUCCUGGCUCCGACACCAGAACAGGAAUCAUCUCGCAUCCGCAAACUAGAGAAACUAAUUAAAAAGAGACUGUAGGAGUCCACAAAGGGCGCUUUUUUCCCCUGGCUGCUGACCCACAGCACCCCAUUGCCUGGAAGCCCCCCACCUCUUCUGUGCUUUCCCUAACUCUCAGAUCAUCAGUCUUGAAACUUCCUUGGACAUUUGGUUUGUUAAUGAGUCUUCCCUGUGACCAGUCUUAAUUUGUGUCUUAAUCAAGAAGCCAAGCAAAUGCAGGCUGAUAAAAAGGGGUUCCUACAGCAUAGGCAGUAGUAGACAAAAGGGCCCUGCAGUUCACUUGUGGUCCUGGGCUGCCUUCAACUGGUCCAGCUGUCACUGGCCUCGCAGCCUCGCCUCUGCAAUCACACCAUCUGGCAUGUGGCCCUAUCUCCUGGGCCUAUCCAGGCAAUUAGGGUGAGAAAUCCUGGAUCUCACCCCUUCCUCCUCUGUAGCCAGGCCCUAAGAUUUGUCCUCCCUGCUCUAUGGGUUUGGCUUUGGGGCCCGAGUUAAUGAGGUGGAAGAUUACAGGUGUAGGACAUUAGCCUGGCAGUAGGAAGGCAAUGGAAGCAGGAGUACUCUUCCUUGUAGAUUCAUUUCCUGGUACAUAUUUUCAUGACUGGGCCAAUGCGUUCUUCCCAUCUCUCUGGAACCUGUAGUCUCCUGUUGAUAUACAUCUAAGGAAAAAUUCCCACUGUUUCUCACCCAGGAAGAUUGGAUGUACUGGACCUUGGAAACAGGUGUCCUCUGUGCCAUGGGGCUCCUUGCUCAGGUGUGGGGCUAGACCUAUAUAUAUCUGCCUUGGAGAGAGACUUCUGCUUGGGACACUCACUGUAUGAUGUAAGCAGGUUAUUAUUCCCCCCAUUCUCCUGACUUCUAAGGGAAGUAUUGCCUUCUUUGAAGAGAAACUAGGAAGUUUCUUCUCAGAUGAAGCUAUGGUACUGCACAGGAGGCCUGGGCCCUCUAACCCCCUUCCUGCUCAUUUAUUUUGAAACCCAAAUAACUUUACAGAAUGAUCUGAAACAACAAAGGUGAUGUGAAGUGCCAGAAUGACAUAUUACUUUAUUACUAACGAGAAAGAACCCAGGUCCAUGGAUACCUUAGGAACCGAAUGUUGACCUUAAAACACCUGCUCGGAGCCUGGCCCAGUCCAGAACGCAACGUGAGCCCUGGCCUGCCAGUCCUAUCCACUGGCUCACCACCAGCAGAGCUUUGCAAAGAGAACUGCCUCCAAGAACUGCUUCAGUCCUCACAUCAUACAGAAGGUCACAUGCCAGAAGGUCACAGCUGUACAAGAACAGACCGCAUAGCAGGUAGCUGUGUGAUUUGCCAGGUUGGCUGGGAACUGAACCUCAGUUAACUGUGACCACAGCAUCAGGGCAGCAGCUGUUCGUGUGGGCAUUCUUCAGGAAUUCUGAACAAUUUGUUGGCCAGGUGGAGAGGGAGCUAAGGAAGGAGGAGCUCUUUACAGAGAAUGCACAUAACAGGCCUUGGGAGAAAAUUGGGAUAUCAAAUAGCAUGCAAAAAUGAGUUUUCAGGACAAAGGAAGUUUCCUGAAAAUCCAUAAAACUUGUGAAAUCCACAUAGGAGAAAACUUUAAGGUUUGAAAAUGAGACCAGGAACUGAUGGUGUUUCCCCUUCUUGUUUCCUAACAUAAGCACUCUGUGCUGUCCCCCUUCUGUCUCCACUAACCUUCUCCCAGACUCAGUCCAUCGGCCCCACUGUGAUCCAGAGCCUCAUUUCUCCACCAGCUUCCAGUCCCUUCUUGCUAGUCAGUAUGACUCUUAGGUGUUGAACAUCUCAGGACAGCCCUGAGAAGAAAGUACGAGACGAGGUGUGGCCCUCGGCUGAGCUCUCUUAGGAAAAGUUUGCUAAAUAAGGAAAAGGCAGAUAGGGCGGGUAGGGGAUGGGUUGGGGCAAGCAUCCAGGCAGGGUAGAGCAGGGAAGCGCACUGUCAAGAUUUCACUUUGCCAGGACAGCCGUGAUGCUGCUCUGGUGAUAUCCUACAGCCCAGCCGCCACUAAUGGAGGUGAAUAUUCUCUUACUGUUCUUGAAAGAUGGGCCGAUGAGCCCAUCUCCAAACAGCACAGCCACUUUGGCCCUCUGUCAUCAAACUAGGGAGCUGUGAAAGCCAGUGGUCUUUUGCAGCUGGUUCUUGUCACUCUCCGUGUUUAUAGAGCCACACUUCUCUUUUUGGUUCAUUCCUGAGGAGUCAUUUUCUGGACAUCUCCAUGAUGCUUUGAGAUGUCAAGCUGCUGUUUUCCCCCAGUUGUUGGUCACACCAAGGAAGUCGCUUUCUUGAUUUAUUAUAUUGUCAGUAAUCUCCGAGGAGCCACCAGAUGUCAGUAGGAGUUAUGUAAAAUGUCUACAUUGAUGAGGUCUGAAUGCUGUGUAUGCAUCCUCUAAAGACAGAGCAUGUUUCUCAACUGGGGGUACACAUCAGAAUCACGUGGGGCCCUUUUUACAAAUAAAAUUGCCUGGAGAUUCUGAACCAGUAUGUCUGGAGUGGGGCCUGGGCAAGUAGGUAAUUAUAACGUUUACCCCUUUUUAAAAUCCAUAGCAUUAGAGAGAAAUUUGCUUUAUCAAAGUGUUCCUAUAGCACAUUUUCAUGAACAUACAUUAUUCCUGCCUCUCUAAACGAAUAUAAUUACUAUACAAUUGAUCCGUUACCAACAGGUAAAGAUUCUUAACUAACAUCUAGCAGUUUAAAUUUUAAGCUUGUGUUGGUGAUAGAGACCAGGCCAGAACUGUGCUGUCCCCAUCCAGACUAGAAUUCUUAAGUUUUGACGACCAAGCCCCAAACAAAUUUGCUCUAUUACUGUCACUUCAAAAAAACAUGGAGUACUCUGAUAAAAACAGUAGCUAACAACUCUGUUAUUCAGCUAAUUAGAUGCUGUACCCAUUCCUCACCCCCCCACCACUUUCUCUAACUCUUAAAAAAAAAAAACUCUGAAGCCACUUCAUGUGGAUUAAAACAAAUGUUGAUAAUUUAUAAUUGAUAAAGAUCUGUUCUUACUAUGGACAGACUUCCUGAUAGCUGGCUUAGAGGUACCCAGGCUGGAGGAAAUUCCAUUGGAUCCUAACAGUGAAUUGGGAACCACAAUGGACAGAGUGUGUUGACCUCCAAGUUCUGUUCUGGAAUUGAAACUGUUGCCACUCCUCUCUCUUUUAAAGAACAAAGAACUAGGGAUCCCUGGGUGGCGUAGCGGUUUGGCGCCUGCCUUUGGCCCAGGGCGCGAUCCUGUAGACCCGGGAUCGAAUCCUACAUCGGGCUCCCGGUGCAUGGAGCCUGCUUCUCCCUCUGCCUGUGUCUCUGCCUCUCUCUCUCUCUCUCUCUCUCUCUCUCUCUGUGACUAUCAUAAAUAAAUAAAUAAAAAUUUUUAAAAAAAUAAAAAAAAAAGAACAAAGAACUAGAGCAGCCCGGGUGGCUCAGUGGUUUGGCGCCGCCACCUUCAGCCCAGGGCGUGAUCCUGGAGACCCAGGAUUGGGUCCCGCGUGGGGCUCCCUGCAUGGAGCCUGCUUCUCCCUCUGCGUGUCUCUCUCUCUCUCUCUCUCUCUCUCUCUCUCUGUGUGUGUGUGUGUGUGUCUCUCGUGAAUAAAUAAAUAAAAUCUUAAAAAAAAAAAAAAGAACUGGUACCUAGGACUUUGACUGGCCCCCAGAAAAAAAAGUACCUGCUUUCUCAUGCCUAGGAUGGCUCUUCAGUGCAGAUCAAACGGGACUCAGAGCAGCCUGCCAAAGACGAGUGAUAGUUACAGGGCAGACAGGGUGAGCAAGCAGGUCUGCAGCUGCUCCCUGAUGUGGGGCUGUUACACCAGCCCAUCCUAGGUUGCUGUUGGACAGGGAAACCUAGUUCUCUGUUUGCGGAAUGCUAGGGAAAAUGCCAGAAGGUCACAGCUGGAAAUGCAAUUCCUCUCCCUAGGAAGAGAAAUCUCCAAAAUAACUAGCUUGCUGACGGUGAAAGCAAGUGUUUCACACUUCUUGUCUACUCCAAGUCAGAUUUCUAAAAAUAAAAUCAUUAGAACUGCAUUGGGCCACUUAAACAAUAGACUUGGAAACAUGGUCACAUGAAAAGCUGGCGUGCAGAAAAGGCCCAUGUAUUUUAUAAAGCAAAUCCAAAUUUCCAGUCUCAUUCUAGUAUUUAUCAAACUAGAUAGCCUCUCAAACCCUCAAAGUUCUCUACCUUUGGGAGAUAUCAAUUUCCUUAAAGGGACUGCUUUUUGUGUAAAUAUCUUUCAUUUCCCCCAUCUGGAAGUGAUUUCUCACUGCAUAUUGGAGCGCACAGUACUACAGUUAAUUAAAGCAUUACUGGAUGUCA